GUACCUGACCGAUGACAUGUUAGAGAUACGAAGCGGAAAGAGUUUGAAGAAGUUUCCGAUUUUUUACGCAAGAAUAUGACAAUUGUUUGGCGUUGUCAGCGAUAGCAGGUUUUUUAUUUCAGUCAAGAAAUUGUGCUCUCUUCUUUCAUCCGUGUGGAGCUGACGUAGAGAUGUUCCACAAUCGUUCAGCGAGUCUUGGAGAACUUCAUGGAGGUCACGGCGUACGUGAAGCAAGCGAGGGGGAGGAGGCGAAUUUGGAGAGGUCCAAGAGUUCUAGACAUCUUACGAAGAAGAAGAGUUUUAGGUUUGGGUCCAGAGAUUCUGUCGGAGGAAGGAAGUUAGUCAGAAAGCCAUCGAUGAAGUCUGUUUCGAACAUGGUUCACAAACUGAUGAUCCGAAUGUCUGCUGUACAAUUUCCUUCGAACUCUGCAUACUCGACCUCUUCGAUCGGUAAGAUAGACGAGAGUGCAUCGUACAAGAAGAAGAAUUUUGACGUCGAUGAAGAAGCUGCGUCGAAAAUUCGGAGAAGUAAAUCAAUGGAGGUCCUCAGUAUGUCUGGACUGAAGAAUCAUGGUAACACUUGUUUUAUGAACUCAAUCAUUCAGUGUCUCGCUCACACCGAUUUAUUAGCUGAAUAUUUUGUUAUGGACCAGUAUAAGGAAGAUUUGAAGCUCCGCAAAGGACAAACUAAGAAAUUCGGAACUCGCGGUGAAGUAACGGAGAAACUGGCACUUUUACUCAAGAGUUUGUGGUCGAGUCAGUAUAAUUCGCAGAUCAGCAGCGAUUUCAAGUCGAUCGUUGGAAAAUAUGGCGUGCAGUAUCGAGGAUACGCACAACAUGAUGCUCAGGAGUUUUUGCUUUGGCUUUUGGAUAAGGUUCACGAGGAUUUGAAUCGGGCAACGAAGCGAAAAUAUAAAGCCAACAAGGUGAGGAUAAGUCAAAAAUACUCUCUAAAUUAGUAUUGGUUAGUCCAUUUUUACGAUACGACACUUCGGUGUCGAUCAAAUUACUCGUAAGUCUCAUGCAAUUAUGUACGUGGAUUUUGAUUUUGUCAAACAGGUUCACUAUGGCAAGAAAAACAUCGCAUGUUUUUCUUUCAAAUGGUUCUUUGUUUUCACAAUUUGCGUAAAAUUCAUUGAUUGGGGAUCUAUGCAAGAUAAAAUCUUCCAUGUUUUGGCUUUUAACCCAUAUUUAAAAAAACUGUGCAAUACUUUUCUGUGUCUAAAUACUACUACAAUGUUCACCAGGGCCACGUUACGAUGUCUUAUUUACACGUAAAUCGACCAUUGCGAGAAAUAUAGCUAACUAAAAGAUAAAUCAUGGUACUUUUUCCGUAUUUCUUUGCAUCAUAUUAAAGUCUGAAAUGAAAAGGCACUUGAUCGAUUGAAAUUUCAUUUUCGUUCACUAUAAAUACUCUACACGAUUGAGAAAGCUGAGUGGUCGUGAUCGCUUAGCAAUUUAUUAUUUGCCCAACAUGUCAGAAAGCUUGAAGUGGAAAGUUUGCAGAUAUUUUUGCCAGCUAUCUUGCUAGAUUUUAAACAAUUCGGCGAAAUCAAAAUAUAGUUUGUGCAAAUGUCUGCAAUGGAAAGCUUAUCCCUUUAAUCUGAUAAACCGACAGCGACGUAAAAAUUUGAAAUAUGAAAACAUUUAAAGUGGGUGUUAACUUUUGUGAAAAUAUCUUUAGUCACUUUUUGCGAUUAAUUCUCUUUUAUUUCUCACGCCAUGAUGUAGAUGGUGUAAAGCUUUGUUUAAAUAGAUUGUUCCACCAGGAUUAGGUUCUUCGUGAUCAGUUGAUCACUGACACUGAGCAAGAUCAUUAGCAUCUUGAAGCAUGAAGUAACAAAAGGUUCAUGUCGUCUUUGAUGUCAAAUUUUUGUUUUCUUUUUUGCAAAAACUUCACAAAGGAAUCUUACUACUUUUGCAUGAAGUUUAUUCAGAUUAGCCCAGCUUUGGCCAGUGCUUCUAUUCUUUGCAGAGAGAACAUUUUGCCAUCAAACAAAAGAUAUUUCUAGAAGAUUAAAUAAAAAGAGCAUUGUUCAAAAUUACCAGAAAUUAACAUUAUAAAGAAAGCUUUAACAAGAUCCAUGGGUUUGCCCUUAAGUGGGGUAAAUUUAGCAUGCCUUUUCAUGCACCACUGAUUCUAGAUUGAUGUUAGUUAAAAUAUAUCAACCCAAUAAUUCAUAACCUUAACAUUGUGAUUAAAAUACGUGCUGGUAAUACACUGAAAUAUUGAAAGGAUUGAGACCUCUUUGUCUUACUCAUAUACAUGCUCUUUCACAUCAGCCAUUCUUCAAAGCAGAAAGUUGCUAUUCAGAAAUUUUUGUGCUCUAUCUAAUCAAUUAUAUCUAUUGAUAGAUAUGUGAGUAUCUUUUGUCAAAUGGAGGUUAAAGUUAUCUAAACAGAUGUCUUGAAUUAUUUGCAGCAUUCCUGGUUAUUUAGCCACCCUUUUACUGAUUUUAUCCCACUGUAAACAAGAAAUACAGUUAUUGGGGUCAUGUUUAUGUAUAAUCCUGAAAUUAAUCGAUAGAUCAAACUUUUUUUGUUUUGGUCUUAAGUUUAUCAAGUUAUCAUCUUGAUUUCAGGAAAGUUCAGGAAGAUCUGAUGACACCAUUGCCCUGGAGGCACUUACUAAUCACACUCGCUGCAAUGAUAGUUUUGUCCUGGAUUUAUUCCAAGCUCAGUAUCGUUCAUCUCUCAAAUGUCCCAGAUGUCAUCAACAGUCCACUACUUUUGAUCCAUUUCUUUGUCUUUCUUUACCCAUCCCUCAAAGGGAAAGCCGUCCCAUCAUUGUCACCACAGUAUUCGUUAACUCAUCAAGGGUUCCUUUGCGCAUCGGUGUCAGCGUACCCAUAAAUGGAACGAUUGCUGAUCUGCGGAAUGUUGUGUCAGACAUGACAGGCAUCAGUGAACAAUCUUUGAUUCUCACAGAACUUUACCAUGAUGGAUUUCACAGAACGUUUCAUGAUAAGCAGUCUUUGAGCAUUGUUCAUGAAGGAGACAAUAUUUAUGCUUUUGAGGCUCCCAGUGGACUUUUUCCUGAGAUGGAAACAGAAGAUGGAGAGGCACCUGUCAUGUCAGAUAAUAAGGGACCGAUUUCAGAUACUAUUCUGAUCCUCCUGGCAAAUUGCCAGGGUCCUGCAAAAACCACAUCAAGUAAAAGGUAACUGUGUUGGUGGAGCCUGUGUUGGUGAAGCAUAUUCCUGGCAAGAAGGGUUGUGUUUUUUUAUACCAAAGCUGUUUUUGGAGUCUUUUGUCCUAACCAUGAUGACCCCUUCAAUCUUAAAGUUGUUUGUUGGGUGUAAGGUGUUAAUGUUCACCACAACGGCCAAAAUUUCUCUUCUGUUAAAUUUUUAAAUGUCAAGUAUACUUCUUCAUGUCAAAAUCCUUUCUAUCCUUAAAAUGUGUGCUGCUCUUGAAAUCUGAUCAUAUCAUUGUUAUCAACAUCAUACUGUUGCAGGGUGACUAAGUGUUGUCAACUGAGUAAAUAAUGUAAAUUGGCUACUGUAAAGAGUUGUAAAGCUGAUGUUUUGAGCAUUAGCCUUGUGUCAGAGUAAGGGGUUAACGCUGGAAUGAUUCGCUCUGAUGAAGGGCUAACGCUCAAAACAUCAGCUUUGAAACUCUUUACUCAGUGAUGAUAUUUAAUUACCCUGUUUUAUACUCCCACUGAUGUAGUACCACAGUUUCUUUAGAAACUUACCCCCUUUAUUCUUACUGUUGCAGGUUUGGUCUUCCCUUUAUUGUAAGAGUUCUUAGGGAGCUAAGUUAUGAAAAUCUUCAAGCAGCAAUCUUGAAAGCCAUGUCAAGGAUUUUAAUGGACAACAUGUCAUCACAGGUAAGAAUUGAAUAGGAAAAGAUCUUGGAGCAACAUCUUUUGAUUGUAUGUGUCAACCUUAAUUACAUGAUUAAACAUUUCAUCAGAUCAAGAAGCAAGGCUUAGUGUUCAGACUGAGAGUGAUCAAUGGUUUGCCAGGCAAAGGUGCACUUUCUCCUGAAGUGGAUCAUCCCUUAUAUCAGGCAACUGUUGACAGGUGGGUCUUGCACCUGUUUUGAUUUUGAAAAACAGUUGACAGUUGAAAUGUGAGCUUUAAUGAGAAGUAUGUAUCACUUAUCACCUCUUGUCACAUUUUAAGAAACCAAGAUUGCAAUUUCUGUGAUCAAUUUGAUGACAGUUUUAGAUAGCUUGAGUCACUUUGUGGAAUCUCAAAGCAUGGACAGUGUCAUAAUUUUAGAUAAUCUUUUUUAAUGGUGGAUUGUUUUGGGAGCAUACUCCUCCUCUAAUGAAAAAAAAGCAGUUGUGUCUCUUAGUUUGCUUGUAUGAUUUUGAAUUGUUCUAACAUCUUACAGAGCACUCUUGUCAUGUGGAUCAGGAAGUGGACCUAAGCAUAUCAAGGUGAUGGCUGAAUGGGACCAAGAAACAAGAGUGAGGUAACAGAAAAUCAAAUUAAUGAGAUAAAUUGAUUAAAGCUUUGUCACUUCCAUGAUCUAAAUAUUGUUUCCCUGCACUCUUUAUAAUUGUAGCUAUGAGAAUUUGGAAUUUGAAGUGUUGCUUUUUUUUACAGAGGGAAAAAUGGGGGAACUCAGAGAAAAAUGCUUAGAGUAAAAUAAAGAACCAGCAGUAGACUCAUACCAAAUGUUAUACCAGGCCUUGAAAUAAACAUGGACCACAGCAGUGGAAGUAAAGCCCUCUGCUCUUCUUGAUCCCUACUCCCUAAACUUAACCCAUUACACCUUAACAUUAGAAUGAAAAUUCUCCAUACUGUUUGCCACAUAUUUCCCACAGUGCCAUAAAGGAGAGUUUGUUUGAAAAUCAAGAGCUUUUUUUAGUUGUGAUCAUUUCCUAUAUUCUCAUGACCUUACUGUUUGAUUCAGGUGUGAUAUUGUCGAGAAUGUUAUUUUAUCAUUUCUUGUAAGCAUAACUCAGUUGUUCAUGGCAGUCUUUGUGCCUUUCCUCUGAUAGCUUUGUCAAAUCAAGUGUUUUACAAGAACGCCCAGAGGAGCACCGCAGUGUACGUGAAGUGGAGUCAUUACACAACAGCUCACAUAAUGUUGAUCUGGAGGACUGCUUUAGGCUUUACACCAAAGAUGAAAAGGUUUGCAUGAUUUUGAUUGUUACCGAGUCACAACGUCAAAACAUAAUUGUUGCAUUUUAUGAGAUUGUGUGUUGUUUGAUAACUUUCUCUGACCCCUAGGAAGGAAGGAAAGGUAAAAUCUAUUAACUUGAAGAUUUGCAUACAGAAUACCUUUCUUCAAACACAAUUGACUAUAGUUUCUGUGUAAAUAUUAUUGAUAGCAUACUAUCCAUCCAACAGCUUUUAAUAAACUAACAUCUGCAACCUUGUUGGGGUUAUGUGUCCACAUACACUCAGUGUUUAUAUCAGUAUUUUUUGUUUCAUUUCUUUAGCUUGGUACUGAAGAUGCCUGGCUUUGUCCUCGGUGCAAGAAACUUCAGCAAGGAACUGUGAAGCGACUAAGUCUGUGGAGCCUUCCUGAGGUGCUUGUGGUUCACCUGAAGAGAUUCAGACAGGUAAGUUCAAUUUUAUCUUGUAUUCAAGAAGAGAAGUUGCAAUUUACUUUAGGUCCUUCUAAAAACUGCACUGAGAUCUUUGCUUCAAAUUCCCUAUUGCUUGUUUGCUGAGAGGAUGAAAGUUUCCCCUUAUUUUUAUGUAACAUUUAAAAUAAUUUACUGGUUAAUGUACUCUUGCAAUUCAUUCAAAAUACCAAGAGGCAGAUUUUCUCUUCAGUGUUAUUUAUAUCUGAAAAGCAUUUAAAUGUUUUUACUCCAAGAAUGACAUGAAAGGAAUUUUGCUUUACAAAAGCAUUAAAUUUUUAGAGAGAAAAGUAGUUGCACACAGUAGAAGAAAAAAUAUCACAUCAAGGAUGAUGUUUGAUUUAAGCUAAACUUACAAGAAAUGUAGAGCAUACAAGGCAGAGAGUUAAUACUUACAAUUUGGAAGUGAAAGGAUUAUGUAACCCCCCUGAUUGAAAUUACCAGCCUCUAGUGCACAGCAGUGUAAGUGCCUCGCCAAGUUGGAGGGUUUUAUCUUUAGAGGAAGAAACUGCUAGUAAUAAGAAAGACUCCACAGUUUGUCAUUCAACCCUUUGAUCCCAGAGAGUGAAUAGCAUCUUAUUUUUCCAUACAUUAUCACCUGCAAACCACAGCACUUCAGGAAUUGUAUGGAGAACAGUAUGGAAAAUAUGCUUACUGAUGUUUGGGUGUAAAGAGUUAAAUAAAGAUAUGGUCAGUCUUCAUCCAAUUCCUCAUCCAAAAACAAGACCUUCAAACUGCAUCCAAAAUUGUGGUAAUUUUGUACUAUGAGUAAGCAUAGAAUUUAUGAUCUUUCUCAAAAUAUUUAAAUAUUAUGUUUUCCUAGACUUCUGCUGGUAGAACCAAACUCCACACACUUGUGGACUUUCCUCUAACAGGCUUAGAUGUGACUGAGCAUGUUGAACCUCGCACCAAACGGUCGUCACCUGAAAGCCACUCAUUAGGGUGGGGCACAUGGGGACGUAAGCGUGCUAGUUCAGUCAGUGGCUCUGAUGAAAACCUUUAUGACUUGUAUGCUGUGUGUAACCACACAGGAGGAAUGACAGGAGGGCACUACACAGCAUACUGCAAAAAUCCUGUCGAUUUUACCUGGUACCUGUUUGAUGAUAUGCGUGUAGAGAAGAUUAGUAAGCACCAGAUUGUCACAAAGGCAGCAUACCUUUUGUUUUAUACUCGGCGUAAUGUGGGAUCUUCUUCAGCAUCUGAAAGUUCAUCAGGUUCCGAGCACUGGGUUUGGAGAAUGCCACAGUUUUCAUAUGAAUCUGUGUUCAGCUCUCGUGAUGAGCUUUCAAGUAAAGAGGACUCUACAACUGGUAGGAAU